UUAUUUUUUCUAUAGAAAGUGCUUUGUGUGCUUAGUGGAUUCGAAGUUUACAUGGCUUCAUUGCUUCUUAUAUCUUCUCCUAAUGCUUGUUCAAUCACAACUGGUGGGAAUCUCCGGCGGAGUAAACAUUCCACCAAGAAUUUUUACUAUGCAAGUUUUGGUGAAUUAAAAGCUUCACAAGAGAAAAGAGCAACUCAAACUGAAUAUAAUCAUUUGAGGUUGCAGCAAUCAAGUUUGAACCAUUAUUACAAAUGCAUUGAAGGAGGUUCUACAUAUCAACAAUAUACCAGAAAAUAUGUUUUGAAAGCAGUCCCUAGACCAUCUUUUGAUUUUGAACCUCAUGCUUCUGAUCCCAAAAACAUUUUAGACUCUGUCAAAAAACUCUUGGUUGCUUUCUAUUGGUUUUGCUAUCCUUACUCAAUGAUUGGCCAAAUGUUAAGCAUAAUUUCUACGUCUCUUCUUGCAGUGGAGAAACUAUCAUAUAUAUCUCCACUAUUUUUUAUUGGUGUGUUACAGGCUAUGGUACCUCAGUUGUUUAUGAGUAUUUAUAUGAAUGGUGUGAAUCAAUUGUUUGACGUUGAAAUAGACAAGAUUAACAAACCACAUCUUCCAUUGGCAUCUGGUCAAUUAUCCUUUAGAACUGGCGCCAUUAUUGUUGCAUCAUGUUUAACUUUGAGUCUUUGGAUUAGCUGGAUUGUAGGUUCUUGGCCAUUGAUUUGGAAUAUUGGAUUGUGCUCUUUGAUAUGGACAGCUUAUUCAAUCAAUGCACCUUUGUUGAGAUGGAAGAGACAUCCACUGCUCGCGGCAAUGUGUAUUUUUGCAACUAUGACACUUAUAUUUCCAAUUACAAUAUUCCUUCAUAUACAGACCUUUGUGUUGAAGAGGCCCGCAGUCUUUUCCAGAUCAUUGAUUUUUGAGGUUGCAUUCAUGAGUUUAUACUCUAUAGGUAUAGCCUUGUACAAGGACGUACCUGACAUUGAAGGAGAUAAAGCAUUUGGUAUUGAUUCUAUUUCAGCACGUUUAGGUCAAAAAUGGGUAUUUUGGCUUUGUGUUUUCCUUUUUGAAAUGGCUUUUGGAGUUGGCCUUCUGGCUGGAGCAUCAUCUUCUUACCUUUGGAUUAAAAUUGUCGCGGGUUUGGGAUAUGCUGUUCUUGCUUCAGUACUUUGGCACCAGGCCAAAAUUGUAGAUUUGAAAAGCAAAACUUCAAUGAGAUCAUUCUAUAUGUUGAUUUGGAAGUUGUUGUACGUGGCAUACUUUCUCAUGCCUUUAAUUAGCCAAGGAUGUCAUUGA